AUGCCUUCGAUGACAGUGGAAUCCAUCACGGGUUCAUCUGCUUCAAAGGGGCCUUCACAAGCCCCUUACUCCAAUGGCAACCAGUAUUCGAAGAAUACCGGUAAUGUGGUUACUCAACAGUGCCCUUCGAAUGAUUCAAAGGGAAACCCCCUUUGCUACAAAUGUGGCAAAAUCGGGUAUGCUUCGGAGUGCCCGAACCAUCCGAAUCAGGCAAAAAUAUUUGCCCUGGGUGUCAAUAAUGGAGCGCCUGAGCCCAUUCCUGCAUUUGACAACCAGGAUGAAGUUGGAGAACCAUCUGGGGUUUCCCCAGAUGGCCCAAUUGGGGAAGCUAGGUUGGGGGAUUGUGCCCUGGAUGCCUCACAAGGGCAGUCAAGGGGUGAGAGUGAAGGGAAUAAUGACAAUGAUAAUGGUGUUGGUGAUGAUGAGGCAGCCAAUAGCUAUGCUGGACCACAACCUGCUUCAUCAAGAAAGUGUGCUAGAACUGUGACACAUCAUGCCAGUGUGAACCAUGGGACAGAGUGUGGAGCCAUCGAGCCACAAGCCGCAUGUUUGCCCCAAACUACACCAGUGUCACUCCCACCCCUAACUGUGGUGCCACAGGUCAACCCUCAAUUUUCUGCCUCACUAUAUUGCCCUGAGUUUCCUACCAUGCUGCAAUCUGUGCCACAGGCUAAUCAUGGAUCAGAUCACACUGGUUGUCUCAACCCUCCUCAACUCCACUCCCAUCAGUCCUCCAGGAAUCAAACAUUCUGA